GCUGCGGUGUAGCCCCGCCCCUCGCGCCGUCAACAACUGGAUCUCAGCUAUUUGUAUUUCUCGUCAACUAGCACUGCUGCUGCUAGCCUGCUAAGCUAACGACGAAUCAUUGCACCCUGCAGUUAGCCAACCUGGAUGGACAUUUACUCACCGUCGUUUUGCUUGAAACACGCUCCAUCCAUAGCUGGUACCGAUGUGCAGUCAAUGCGAGCUAAAGGACCGACGAGAGGAGAGACAUCACCGUCCUUUAGCCGCCUCUGCUAACAGCUAAUACCGUAGUAGAGAGCUCCAUAGCUGGCUGGCUGACAGUUGGCUCGGUUAGCUCCGUGCCUUUACACUGUAACGUAGCUAAGAUUUACUCCCUGAAACAAUGACUUGUCUCUGACAUUGAGAGGACUGAGGCCCAGGUUGGUUGUCACAUUGGAGUAACCAGAGCCCAGGACUAGUAAAAGGUGGUCGGUGGUGUCAUUGAAACUAAGUGGGUGAGCACCACAGUCAACUUGCAGAUGCACACCUGGAUUUGACCUGCCAGAGCUGCCAAUAUGAUGCCGAUGAUAUUGACGGUGUACCUCAGCGAUGGGGAACAGGCUGCCACUGAGGUGCCCAUCACCCCCGAGACGACGUGCCGCGACGUCGUCGAGUUCUGCAAAGAGCCCGGCGAGAGCGGCUGCCACCUGGCCGAGGUCUGGAGAGGCAACGAGCGAGCGAUCCCCUUCGAACACAUGAUGUAUGAACAUCUGCAGAAAUGGGGGCCUCGGAAACAAGAAGUCAAGUUCUUCCUCCGGCAUGAAGAUUCACCGACUGAGAGCAGUGAUCAAGGGAGUCAGCAGUCUCAGGAUCAGACGAGUCGCAGAAGUGGAAACGCUGGAGAGAAGCACAAUGAGAAUGGGGUGGGGAAUCAGCGUGUGGAGCUCACGCUGUCAGAGCUGCAGGAGAUGGCCACACGGCAGCAGCAGCAAAUCGAGGCUCAGCAGCAGAUGCUCGUCGCAAAGGAGCAACGUUUGCGUUACCUGAAGCAGCAGGAGCGGCGUCAGCAGCAAACCGUCUCAGAGAGCGAGAAGCUACAGAAGCUGAAGGAUCGCGUGGAGAGCCAGGAGGCGAAGCUCAAGAAGAUUCGGGCAAUGAGAGGCCAGGUGGACUACAGCAAGGUCAUCAAUGGCAACCUGUCGGCAGAGAUCGAACAGGUCAGCGGCCUCUUCCAAGAGAAGCAGGCAGAGUUACAGUCUGCAGUGCUGAGGGUGGAGCAGCUGAGCCUGCAGCUGGAGGACCUGAGGAGGGGAAAGCUCAACGGCAUACAGACGGCCCUGGGUGGACAAGUAACCGGCGCUGCAGCCCUGGAGCUCCGUAAGCUCUACCAGGAACUUCAGAUCCGGAACAAGUUGAACCAGGAGCAAAACAGCAAGCUGAAGCAACAGAAAGAUCUUCUCAACAAACGCAACAUGGAGGUGACGCUCAUGGACAAGCGCAUCAGCGAGCUGCGGGAACGCCUUUACAAGAAAAAAGCUGAGGCACGUCAAAAAGAGAACCUUCCUCUGAACAGAGCCAACGGGCCUCCCUCUCCCCAGCCGGCUCCUGGUACUCUGGGCCGCGUCGCUGCCGUUGGGCCGUACAUCCAGGUCCCUGUACCGGGCCGACAGGAAGGAGGCUACACAAUACCACCUGAUCCACUGAAGCCUCAGACUCUGGGCGUUAAUAACCAAGCCAACCAAGGCCGCACCAAGUCAGACGGUGUGCGAAAGCCUCCCGGCCCUUGGAAGGUGUCUGAUUUAGACAUCGUUGUGGACCCGGUACCCCCGCCCCUUCCAGAAUCACACCCGGGCACCGGAGCCUCCACUGGCUCCGACGGCACGUCCCCUAAUGAAACUGGUUGGCCUACUUUAGGCAAGACCAGCACAACCCUAAAGCCUCCUGAGAGACGAGACUCAGGGGCUGAUAACCCGGGCAAGAGCCCUCCCUCAGGCUCCCCCGUCGCUUCAAGUGCAGAAAAGGUGCUAGACCCCAAAAUGGUGGUGUCCUCCCCUGCCGUAUCCAAGCCACAGCCACCUCCCUAUGGCUCCCACCUCAGCUCAGCAAACUCAGCCAGCUCCUUGGAGCGGCGCAGGGACGCACCUCCUCCUCUUCGCCCGCUCCCAAACCCGCCAGCUCCCGCUUGGCCCCGCGUCCCCCCCGCCACGGGCUCGUCCUCCCAGCAGAUCCAGCAGCGAAUCUCGGUGCCGCCGAGUCCCACCUUCCAGCCCAACCUACCGCUUUUCCCUCCCGGGCUGAGCGAGCGGCUGGAUCCCCCGCCAGCUGUGGCGGUACGCCCCUUCAUCCCAGACAGAGGAUCACGGCCUCAGUCGCCCCGAAAGGGUCCACCCACCAUGAACUCCAGCUCCAUCUAUCACAUGUACCUCCAGCAGGCAGGUUCAAAGAGCCAGCCACUCAAGCCUGCUCUCAAAGCAGUGUACGGGAAGCCUGUUCUCCCCCCCAGCUCGACACCCCCCUCGCCUCUGCCUUUCGUCCAGGCAGGAGGGGCCUUCCCAUUGCUCCAAGGCCACCCCGGUGGCGAGGACACUUUGGACGGAGAGUUUGACGAUCACGACUUCUUCCAGCACCCGGAGCCCUUAGCGCCUCCUCCCAGUGUGGAGAACAUCCCGCGACCACUCAGCCCCACUAAGCUAACGCCCAUGGUACACUCCCCGCUGCGCUACCAAAGCGACGCCGAUCUCGAGGUGCUCCGUAAAAAGCUCGCCAACGCUCCGAGGCCGCUCAAGAAGCGCAGCUCCAUCACGGAACCGGAAGGCCCCAGCGGACCCAACAUCCAGAAACUACUCUACCAGAGAUUCAACACUCUAGCGGGAGGCAUAGAGGGAAAUGGAGUGAGUGGGUCAGGAGGUGGCAACGGUGCCGGUAACGGAACGCCGUUUUAUCAGCCGGCUGAUCCUCCUGCGUAUAUGGGAAGGGACUCUGUGGCCGACACAGACAACGGCAACCUCCCCUCUGAGACGGCGCUACUGCCGCCGCCGGGGGCGGAGGAGGCGGGCUCUGAGGCAUCUACUGACGCUAACGACAACGAGCCCUCGUCACCAGAGCUGGAUCCUGCUGAGGAGGAGGAAGCAGAGGACGACAACAAUAACAACGUGGGAAGCUCGGAGGCGUUGCUGCCCAGCCCCGUGCUGGAGGUGACCACUCCAGAGGAGAGCGGCACAGGGGCCUCACAGGCCUUGGAGAAGCGCACAAACCUGAAGAAGCCAAACUCCGAGCGCACCGGCCACGGCUUCAGGGUGAAGUUCAACCCUCUGGCUCUCCUGCUGGACGCCUCAUUGGAGGGAGAGUUUGACCUCGUCCAGAGGAUCAUCUAUGAGGUAUGUCACGACUGUGUGGAGAAUCCCAGCACUGCCAACGACGAGGGCAUCACACCGCUGCACAACGCGGUGUGUGCGGGACAUCACCACAUAGUCAAGUUCCUGCUGGAUUUCGGUGUGAACGUCAACGCUGCGGACAGCGAUGGAUGGACUCCGCUUCACUGCGCCGCCUCCUGCAACAGCGUUCACCUCUGCAAGGUGUUGGUCGAGUCGGGGGCCGCCAUCUUUGCCAGCACCAUUAGUGACGUGGAGACGGCUGCAGAUAAAUGCGAGGAAAUGGAGGAAGGCUUCAUCCAGUGCUCCCAGUUUCUAUACGGUGUUCAGGAGAAGUUGGGUGUGAUGAACAAGGGGACCGUGUACGCUCUGUGGGAUUACAAAGUUCAGAACCAGGACGAGCUGCCGUUCGGCGAGGGGGACGCCAUCACCAUCCUGCGACGACAGGACGACAGCGAAACAGAGUGGUGGUGGGCGCGACUUGAGGACAACGAGGGCUACGUGCCCCGCAACCUGCUGGGGCUCUAUCCUAGGAUCAAGCCUCGCCAGCGCUCCCUGGCGUAGUGUCUCACUCCACUGACCUCUGGCUUAACAGCUGGACUAGUGACAAAAACCAAGAGCAGAGAACAAAGGAGCCUGGUGCUCCGUCUUCUCCCCGUGGCCAUAACCUCCCCGGCCUUGUGCUUCUCACAAAAUCCUUUUUUUUCUGAAGCAGUGGGCACCGAACUCUGACACACAUAGACACACACACACAUAGACACACACACACACAAGCACUCCAAAUGUGAAAAUCUCUUAAACCACUCCAUCCUGAUCUCUCCCCCGCCACCUUUCAACCCAUCACUCUGUCAACUUGAUUUUUACCCCGAUUCAGUGUCAGCUCUGUACCACAGACAUCAACUUGAAGAAUAAAACACUAACCCAUGUCUCAGUAUUUCUUGCAGUGUUCACACUCCUUCAGCUGUGGUGGCACUGGUUUACAUGACACUAAGUGGUGACUGGAAAAUCAUCUCUAAUGGUGAGACGUUGCUGAAUUUUGUUUGUAAAAUGUACUUUGAGUUAUAGGACAUUUGUUAUGCAAAUAAUUUGAUCCCCUAAACACUAAAUGUGUUUGAUUUUGCUGUAGUCUAAUCCACCAAAGAUGAAUAUAGAUUUAACAAUUUUAAUUCUAUUACUCUCUAAGACCUUGCAGAGGUUGAGGAGUGAGAUAAUCAAUUGAUUUGCUGCUAUCAGUAAUGAUUAAUGGUUUAAAGCCCUUCUAAAUACUCUCAUGAUUUAGAAGGGGAAAAUAGAAAAUGUUGUAAAUCCUCAGUAUUAACUAAACAGGCCAGGCAGAACAAAUCCAGUGUAUUACAGUAAAGAUGAAUAUAGAUUGUCAUGAAUUGCAUUUCAUUAUUUUUUCAUUCAGUGUCAUUUGUUCAGAAUCUGGAUGCCAGAGGAUCCAAUUUUUCUGUAAUAUGAGAUUUCAAGUAUCAAGCUGGAAACACUGUUUAAAUGAACAAUCCAAAUAUAUUAAGUUUUUAUGGUAUUUUUGGUGAUCUGAUGAUCCCUGAAAUGAGCAGAUUAUAUGCUGCAGUUUCCAAAAGAUACUGUGACGAAAGUGGGUAACAAAACAGUAUUUUGUUUUACCAAAAAAAGGUUGCCAAAUUGAGAAUCUGUGUCUGCACAACAUCUGUAGAGAGUGUGUUUAAAAGUUACAAAUGUAAAAGAUCUGUUACUGAAGGUAUUGCAGCAAUUACGAAUUGGAGUUUGUUUUAUAGUUUUAAAAUUCCACAGUGGUGAAGCAGGCAAGAAUCAGCCCCACGGAGACAGAAAGAUGUUAGUUCUUGAUGGUGAUAUUGGGUCGUUUGUUUUUACAAUUUUCAAGUAAUUUUCAGUAUGUAUAAUGUUUUAAGGCAUUUAUAAUGAGUUGGACUUCAUUUCAGAGAUUCAGAAAUUUUGUUUUUGUUACGAUUUUAACUUGACAACGUAGCAAGAAGACAUGCAAGUGUUAUCUCUACAUGAAAAGGAGACAUAUAGAGUAAUGAAAUCCAGACGAUGCACCUCAAAAAAACACUGAAAUCAUCGCCCAAACCAUAAUACAAACUUUGUUUUCCCCCACUAGACAAAGUAAACACUCAAUAUUAAUAACCUUUUUUUUCUACUAGCUGCUGAGUAGGUCUCUGGUCGUCUAAUGUUUAACGCAGUUAUUUUUCUGUGGCUGACAAAACCCCACUUGAAACACUUAAUCUCAGGACCAACAUGGUGCUGCUGACACUGUUCCACCACUAAACUAGUGAUCAUAUUUCUAUUUUCUAUCUCAACAAAACAUCACCUUCAUUUGAGCAGCGAACAAAAACACAGUCCAAAAUUUAAAAAAAUAAAAAUAAAAAAAAACAAUAUCGGCAAUGGGCAUAAUUUAUUGAUGGAUGAAGAGAUGGUUUAUUGUGUCUGAAAUGUAAAUGUUCAGAUCCACACUUCAAAUUCGCUUCAGACAAUCCUGAAUUUGCCCAGUUCUCUUCCUCCAGCUGCCCCCUUUCAGGUAUACACCAUUCCAGCAACACUAAUACAUGUGUUAUAUGUCACAUUAUUGAACAUAUAGAGUCCAUCGACUUGUUCUGAACCUUGAGUGACUGAGUGUUAUGCCAAGUGUGCUAGUGGCCCAGGCUUUAUCAUGGCUUAAUCUGUACAUAGUGUGAGGAGAUGUGUUAUAUGUCUGUUUGCUGUAUGGACAAGUUGGGCUUUCUGUAUAAACGCUGUACUCACACAUUGAAUUCUGUAAAUGUGAAUAAUAAAACAGAAGCUCUGGCAUGA